UUCAGCAGCAGGAGGUGACGUCAGCAAGCCGUUUUCCCCCUUGUUGACUCAAUAAUACGAAAGAAAGAAGGAAAGAAAGUGACCUGAGAGAAAUGCGCUAUCUUAUGCCACAUCGCUCAAUUUCAACACGACUUCAACAGCUCCAGUGUUGUAUAUGCGGUCUCUCGGUUCAUCGGUCUGUCGUACAAAUGUCUACGUCUUCUGGCCAGUGAAGUUAAACGGAAAAUCUGUUUAAGUCGUUUGCGCGAAGGAUCUUAUGACUAUUCUUUGGAUUUCUACACGCAAACAUGUUUGCUUUUUGGAAGAGUAGCAGUAAUAUGAGUUAUCUGGUGAGUCCGGAGUAUCAGGGUUGCGUGGACGGAUCACUGAUGGACGGAUUCAGUGUUUUUAUUCAGGGUCUGUUGGCUGUUCUGGCUUUCAGCACUUUAAUGUUAAAGCGGUUUCGUGAACCUGUCGGAAUAAGAAGAUCGUGGAGGAUCUGGUUCUUUGAUACGUCAAAGCAGGCCAUUGGAGCUCUUUUCAUGCAUUUUGCCAAUAUUUUCUUGUCCACACUCACCAAUGAAGAUCCCUGUUCUCUAUAUCUGUUGAACUUCCUGUUGGAUGCCACAUUGGGAAUGCUGGUGAUCUGGGUGGGGGUGAAGGUUGUUUCCAAGAUAGUGGAACACAAACAGCUAACACUGCUGAUGUUUGGAGAAUAUGGUGAUCCUCCUCGGAUAGCGGCCUGGUUGGCUCAGUGCUCAGUGUAUUUACUCAUUGUUGCUCUGGAGAAAAGUGUGGUCACUCUGGUGCUGCUCAUUCCCGGGUGGACCAAUCUGGAGGAGGUGGUGCUGGACUACAUCCCAAACCCACAGCUGGAGUUGGCCAUUGUCAUGCUGAUCGUGCCUUUCAUUGUCAACUCUAUAAUGUUCUGGGUGGUGGACAGUUUAACAAUGCGGAAAUAUAAGAAAAGGACGUCUCUGGAGGGCUCACGUGACUGUCCUAAGCAAGUAGAGGUGUUGCCAAAUGAGAGCAAUGACGAAGCUGAGGUGCUGCUAAAGGAAGAUGAAGAUGAUGCUACAGUGUGUUCUGAACGGGAAGAGCACGUCUCAACAGAAGAGGCGUUAAUACAAGUCUGAAUGGAAGUUUAGAACGCACGCAUUUAGAAGUAUACUUUCUUAAACGCUAGAUCUCUGUUCCUAAACCUAGUGAGCGGCCUUGUUGUUUACUUCCUGCAUAGGCAGAUACCUUCCAAAUGGAAAUGGAAACUCAUAAGUGACUGAUUUGGAACACUCUAAUUAAGUAUAAACUUUGCAACACACACGUUAUCUUCACACUGGAGACUGGACUCCGUCGAUACCAAGAGAGUGUGACGUUAGCAUUUGCUAAGCUAACAACACAAUGCUCAAUACUUGACACGAUACUAUGUAAAAGUGUCCAUUUUUAGAUUGAUAGAUACUUUUUAGUAUUGAAUGAAAUUGUAAUUUGUAUGCUAGUGUGGUUUGGAACAGUCUUCUUGUUGGGAGAGUGCCAAUGAUGCUUAAAAUAGAGCUUUUCAUGGGAGUACACUUUAGAGAGUAGACUUACAAUUGAUUUCAAUUGAGGGGUGUUUACACAGCACCAUUUUCAACUAAAAACUGAAAACUUUUUAUGCAUUUUUACCAGUUACGUACACCACAACAGCAUUUUGGGGGGGUCUGAAACUACAAACUUUUCAAAAUGUGUUUCAAAGUGCAAUUUAAAAAAAAAACAGUACUGUUAUCAUCUCAUGUAAACUAUAAAAACAAGAAUUUGUGAUGAAGAUGGUGAUGACAUGUGCAUGCGUAUUAUGUUCACGUAGAGUGUUUUUAGUCGUUUUUGUGGAUGUGUGUGAACGGGGAUUGUUUUGUCAUCAUUUGUGAUCAUAAAGAUAUGUUCACAAAACAUUGUGAUAAGAGUUGUUAAAGGGGAAAAUGCUGUCUAUGUGCGUAGCUCACUAGAUUUUGGAGCAGCUGGAAGGUUGACAACUUUUUAAGCAGAUAAUGCGAUUUGACGUGCUAUACUUCUUGCAAAACUGCUUUUUGAUCAUUCUUUUAUAUUAUAACAUUUUAUUGUUAUGCAUGCAACUUAUAUUAAAUGUGUGCUCAUUUUAAUUGAGAUACUACAUGGAAUAUUUGCAUUUUUAAAUAUUCAUAUCAGGCUAUUAGAAUUUGUGAAUCAAAAAUGUGAUUAAAAUGGUCACCAUUUGACAAGUUACAGCAUAUAAGUUAUAUAUUUUGCUAAACUUUAACCUAAAAUCUUGAUAUUGAAAAAAAAAAAAUAGUUCAGGUCCAUGUUAUUUGUCAGAACGAGAAAGCGAGUUGAAUUGUAGCAGUGCAUUUUUAUGAAUUACUUUCAAAUUACAUUGUA